AUGGGAACCUUUGGAAAUAGAGAGUUUAGAACAAAGAAACAGCAACAGGAAAGAGCAAAGUCUUUCAUGGGAAUGUAUACAAGACUAGUAAAGAAGAAUUCUUUCAUAUAUAUGGGUAUCCCUAUGAUGCUUUCGCUGGUUUUUGCUUCUCAUGUUAUGACAAAUCUUCUCUCAGCUAAGUUCGAGAGGCAUGAUGAAAAAGUUAAAGAAUUGGAUGAAACUGAAGCGUUGAAAUUGGCAACUCAAAAGAAAAGGAGGGUUGGAAGUAUCAACGAUGAAUACUAUAGACUUCAAGGCUUUAUGGAAGAAAACAAGGAUUACGAACCAAAGAGAGUCAAAAGACUCCCUGGAGAGUCUGAGAAUGUGUGGUGA